AUCUCACUUUUCUCCUAAUGAUCAAAAAAUCAAUUCCCAAAAGCAAUCCCUGCUCUUCAUCUUAUCUCUAACACAACAUUGAAAAUCCCGAAAAGAUGAAAGAAUGCAUAGGGAAACACACCAAAGAUUGACAUCCCAGAAACUGGGAGAUAAUAUAUUAAGUGAAAGAAGUGCAGGAAUAUGGUAUGGAGGAGUCCAAAAAGACAUACCAUGAGCAAGAAAAGAAGAAGAUGACAAUGAAAAUAGGCAAAGCAGGAGGCGCCACUGGAGCGGUGGUUUUGUUGGGUGUAGCCACCUUGGCGGCUGCUGCUGCUAUAGUGUCGGCCCUCGUAGUCAGGAGAAAGGGACGGAAAUCUGGCAAGAACCACCACAGCCACCAGGAGGUGGAGCAGAGUCUACAAACUGAAUUCCCUGAGACAUCAAACAAAGAGAAUGAUCAAGAUAAUGCAAGCGCAGAGAGAGAAUUUAUCCUUCCUAAUACAUCUUUGUCUGUAAAGAACCAUCAAUGCAAUGAUACAGCAGAUAUGGAUGUGGUAAAGGAUGAUUCUGCUUCAUUUCUCUUUACUGAGAACUUGAAAUUGGAUGAAAAGCCCACGCUUGAAAUUAAUGGUGGAACGGGAGGUCCUGCGUAUAAGAAAAAAGAGGCUUGCUGCUCUGAUAAUACUAAAAAACUGGAAAGCGCUGUCAAUACCGAGGGCACUAAGAAAGAAUUCCAUUUGCCAACAUUUGAUGAUAAAUUGCUUCUUGAACCCGAAUCGAAGGACCAAAAGCAAGAUCCUGAAGUAGAAAUUGAGUUAACCAUGGACGAUGAUGCUAUUGGGGGUGUUCUUUGUAAUAAAAUCAUAGCAGAAAGUAACCAAGAGGUGCAAGAGAAUAUUGAAUGGGAAAAGAAUGCUGUAGAGAUGCAAUUUAGUGAAGAGGACGAGACUAAGAAUUGUCUUGAUCAAGAAAUUAUUAUCAGCACAUGUGGUUUCAUGCCCGGAAAUAUUGUUACGGAGAAUUAUGGUGAAGGUGGGCAAGAUUUAGUCAUGCCAGUUUUCAACAGUCGACUUAUUAAUGAUCAUGAAAAUACAAGUAGUAACAAGAAAGAAAGCUCUCUGCUGAUUGCAACUGUUCAAAAAAUUGAAGUAAAUGGAGCUAUUGAGACAGCUCAAGUAGAUGACAGCAUUCACAAAUCAAAAAUGCAUUCGGUUAAACGAGAAAGUGAUUAUUCCGAUGCAGUAAUUGUUCAAGAUUAUGAACAAGAGAUCUCUUGUAAUGAUAACGAACAGAAUGUUGAAAACAACCAAUUUGAAGAAUAUGUCAAGGACGUGCAGACCUUAUCCAUUCCAACAGAACUUCCUGAGACAUUAAAGGAGGAGAAUGAUCAAGAUAAUGCAGGCAAAGUGAUACAGUUUAUUCUUCCUCAUCCAUGCACAGGAACAGCUGAUAUGGAUGUUGGGGCUGAUUCUGCUUCAUGCGUCUUCGCCAAUAACUUGAAAUUGAAUGAGAAUCCUAUUGUUGAUGGCUCUGUGACUGUUAUUAAGGAAGAGUUCCAUCUGCCAACAUUUGAUGAUAAAUUGCCUCUCGAACCUGAGCUGAAGGAUGAAAUGCAGAAUCGUGAAGAAGAAAUCGAGUUAACCAAGGAUGAUGACACCAUUGAGGGCGUUCCUAUAGAUAAAAUCAUGGCAGAAAAUAACCAAGAAAUGCAAGAGAAUAUUGAAGCAAAAAAGAAUGCUGUAGAGAUGCAAUUUAGCGAAGAAGAAUACAAGACAAAGAAUUUUCGCGAUCAAGAUAAAAUAAUCGCCAAGUGUAGUUCUAUGCCAGGAAAUACUGCUACAGAGAAUUCUGGUGAAGGUGGGCGAGAAUUAUUACUGCCACUUUUUGACAGUCAGCCUAUUAUCGACCAUGAAAACACAAACGUCUAUAAAAAAACCUCUUUGCCAACCGAAACUGUUGAAAAAAUUGAAGGAAAUGGAACUAUUGAGACAGCUCAAGUAGAUGACAGCAUUCACAAAGCAAGCAUGCAAUUGGUUAAACAAGGAUGUGAUCGUCCUGAUGCAGAAAUUGUUCGAGAUUAUGAACAAAUCUCUUGUCAUGAUGACGAACAAAAUGCUGAAAACAGUCAAUAUGAAGAUCAUGUCAAGGACGUGCUAACCUUUUCCUUGCCAAAAGAACUCCCUGCGAAUGAUAAUGGUCAAGAUAAUGCAAGCAAAGAAAUACAGUUUAUUCUUCCUCGUACACAUCCGUUGGAAAAGAAAAGUCCAUGCACAGGAGCAGCAGAUGUGGACAAGAUCAAGACCGUUUCUGCUUCAUUUUCCUUUACUGAGUACUUGAUAUUGAAUGAGAAGCCUAUUGCUGAUGGCGAUGUGACUGUUAUUAAGGAAGAGUUCCAACUGCCAACAUUUGAUGAUAAAUUGCUUCUUGAACCUGAGUCGAAGAACAAAAUGGACAAACAUGAAGUAGAAAUAGAGUUGGCCAAAGAAGAUGGUUCUCGUAUUGAUAAAAUAAUGGCAGAAGAUGACAAAAAUAUGCAAGAGAAUAUUGACGGAAAACUGAAUGCUGUAGAGAUGCAAUUUAGUGAAGAGAAAACUAAAAAUCGUCAUGAUCAAGAAAUUGUCAGCACAGUUAGUUCCAUGCCAGGAACUACAGUUUUGGAGAAUUACGGUGAAGGUGGGAAAGAAUUACUGUCAGUUUUUGACAGUCGACCUAUUAUUGAACAUGAAAAUGUAAACAGCGACGACAAAGAAGGUUCACUGCCCAUUGAAACUGUUCAAAAAAGUGAAAGAAAUGAAGCUAUUGAGAUUUCACAAAUAGAUGAUGGCAUUCAUAAUGCAGAAGUGCAAUUGGUGGAACAAGAAGAAUGUGAUUAUCCUGAUGCGGAAAUCCAAGUUUGUGAACAAAAAAUAUCUCAUAAUGAUGAUGAACAAAAUACUGAAAAUGGUCACUGUGGAGAUUAUGCGAAGGAUGUGCAAACCUUCUCCUUUCCAAUUCUCAGCUAUCCGUCCAACAUUAUGGCAGAAAUUGCUAUUGAGAAAGACUCUAUGAACGAGCAGCUUUCAACUGAAGCUAUUGGAGUUGUUGUAACAAAUGUGGGAACUUCUGCAAAUCAGGAGAUGAAAGAAAACAGCACCCUGGAAUUAGUUGUCUGUCAACAGAAAGAAUUUAAAAAUGCUGAAGAGGAAAUUGAGGAAGCACCAGAAACAAUUUGUGCAGGAAUCGACACAUUAGAAUAUGAUCCAAUUAUGCAAAUGAGUAAAAAUGAAGAGAAGGGUGAAAACAAUGACAAUGACAAUGACAAUGACAGGGAUGAAUCGGAUGAAGAUGAUCUUACCAAUACAAUAGAAGAGAGUUCGGUAGGAACAGGGAAUUCCCCCCCGGAAUCCAAUACUGAGUGCGCAGAAGAAUCACUUUCAGAAUUGUCUAUUGAUGGUAAAGGCAAUUCAAAGAUGACUUAUACGGUGGAACUUGCUGAAGCACACAAUAAUCAACCCACAUACUCAUCCAGGCGGAGAAUACUAAUAGGGGCACUCAGCGCCCUGUCGUGGUUUUCAUGUACCUGGUUCUUUGGUUUGUCCUUCGUCAAGCUAGGCCUCAUUGUGUUCUUGACCAUGAUCCUCUCAAAGAUCCAUGGCUAUUGAAGAAUUUGCAGCCUGUCGAAUACGAAUAUAAAUCUAGAGAUGCAUACAAGGAUACAGUUUACAGAUAAUCGUUUAUCACAGUCUGUUGGUGCAAAUUGAAAGAGAUAAAUAGAAGAGACAAUGAAGUGAAAUAUUAAUGAAUCGGAUGAUUUAUUUUCAA